UGUAGAGGUAUAGUAGAGGUAGAGGUAGUGUAGAGACACUGAUAGCGCCGGCAUUGAGUCACUGUCUGUCCCAUCAAAACAAGUGUCCAUUGAUUUGACCAUUAAAUUGAUCCCUAAAUCACAGCUCAUUCACACCAUUAUGUCGCUGAAGAAGUUAAGUAUCGAUAAACUCGACUUAAAUGGCAAACGAGUGCUCAUUAGGGUUGACUUCAAUGUGCCGAUGAAAGACCUGAAGAUCACAAACAACCAGCGAAUUGUGGCCGCUUUGGAUACCGUGCGCUACGCUAGAUCCACUGACGAUGACGUGAUCUGUGUGGUUGACUUCAAUGUGCCGAUGAAAGACCUGAAGAUCACAAACAACCAGCGAAUUGUGGCCGCUUUGGAUACCGUGCGCUACGCUUUGGACCAGAAGGCCAAGAGUGUGGUCCUUAUGUCACACUUGGGCCGACCCGACGGCAAACGAGUGGACAAAGACUCGCUGCGACCGGUGGCCGAAGAGGUCGGCCGUCUUCUCAACAAAAACGUGACGUUUCUGAACGACUGCGUGGGGCCGGAGAUCGAGUCCUCGUGCUCUAACCCGACGCCCGGAUCUAUUAUACUCCUCGAGAAUCUCAGAUUCCAUGUCGAAGAGGAGGGCAAAGGUGUGGACGCGUCCGGCAAUAAGACGAAGGCCUCAGCCGCCGAUGUGGAGGCGUUCAGAGCCAGUCUCACAAAGUUGGGAGACGUCUACGUGAACGACGCCUUCGGUACCGCACAUAGGGCUCACUCAUCGAUGGUUGGCAUUCAAUUGCCCCAAAAGGCCGCCGGUUUUCUCAUGAAUAAAGAGCUUAAGUACUUCGCGAAAGUGAUGGACACACCCGAGCGGCCCGUUUUGGCCAUUCUGGGCGGCGCCAAAGUGAAAGACAAGAUCCAAUUGAUCAGCAAUUUGUUGGACAAAGUGAACGAAAUGCUGAUUGUCGGCGGAAUGGCCUUCACUUUCCUCAAGAAGCUCAACAAUAUGGAGAUCGGAAGCUCU